AAAGAGUCAUCCAGAUUUUAUUUGCAGCAGCGUAGACGUAGCGAAGAUGAAUCCAUUGGGAGUCGUGUGUAUUGUGGCCUGUUUGGCUGCUGUUGUGUUGGCCUCGCCUUCCGACUACAAACGUGGCAGCUAUUCCAAUAGCUUGAAACCUUCGCAAUGGUUGAAGCCAACCGAACUGGAGCAAACUCCUUCUUUGGAUGAGAUUUCCUUCGAACAAUUGGAGAAUAUGCCUUUGGAAAUGGGUGCCAAAAUGAUGCGUAAAUGGUAUCAUUUGUCCCAAGCUGGCCAUGGCAUAGCUCCCGUCUAUGUGCCCAGCCCCAGCCAAAUUCCUGUACACAUCUACAACAAUGGCCGCAAGGAAACCACCGAUUUGAACCGUUUUGUGCAAACCGCCAAGAAAAUGCCCACUUUUGGUGAUGAGAAGGUUACCAUUUUCAUUACUGGCUUACCCCAAACCUUGGACAGCGUUAAGAAUGCCAACAAGAAAUUGAUCGAAUCUUUCUUGGAACGCGAUGAGCAAGAAGCCCAAUCUCUAUCCAGAAAUGGCGGUGAUGAGCGCCGCAACUGGGAAAACCAGAAGCAAUGGACUGGCCGCAGCUUGGUUGUCAUCGAUUUGGGCAACACCAUCACCGAUGUUGAACGUUAUGCCUCUUUGGAUGUUGAGCGUUGCGGUAAAAUGCUUGGCAUGAGCUUGGUCCAAUUGACCAAGGAAUGUGAUGUGCCCGCCAAACUUAUGCAUGUUAUUGGUCAAGGUGUAGGUGCCAAUGUUGCUGGUGAAGCAGGCAAAACAUUCAAGGAUAACACUUCCCAAAAACUGCGCCGCAUUACUGCCUUGGACCCUGCCGUUCAAAUGGCCAAGGAACGCCAUGCCUUGAAUGCCUUGGCUCGCGGUGAUGCUGAUUUCGUCGAUGCCAUCCACACCUCCGCCUUGGGUUUGGGCACCACCAGACGUGUUGGCGAUUUGGAUUUCUUCCCCAAUGGUCCCUCUGAAGGUAUGCGUGGCGCCCGCAAUGUCGUUGAAGCUUCCAUGCUUGCCACCGAAUACUUUGCCGAAUCUGUCCGCCCCGGCAAUGAACACAACUUCCCCGCUGUCGAAGCCAACUGCAUGAAGCAAUACAAGAAACACGAAGGUUAUGGCAAACGCACCUACAUGGGUAUUGCCGCUGCCCAUGAUGUCUCCGGUGACUACAUGUUGGAGGUCAACGAACAGAGUCCCUAUGGCAAGAGAACUCCUGCCCGCAAACAGAAAAUGUCCCACAGCGGCCGCCAAGAAAACAGCUACGAUUAUUAAGUAGGUGGUAGUUGUGCCGAAAUGUGAAAAUCUAUGAUUUUGUA